AUGAAAGAAGAAGAAAAAAAAACCCAGGCCUUGGCACCUGGCACUGCCCCACCCUCUGUCCGCAAUCAAUGCAACGGCCGCGUUUCGUUUUUGCGCGUUCAUGUCUCGCAUCUUGAAGGUCGUAGACUUUUGUUCCCACGGCACCGCAGCAGCGCACCACGACACCACUCAAUCGUCCUCGCCGGGCGCCUGUCCCUCAGUACACAGUACACAGUACACAGUACCAGUAUGUACGGUAUGCGCCGUCCACGCAAGCCCAGCCGUCAACUCGACUCCAUCGUCCUGCACUUUGACUAUGACUGCUUCUACGCCAGUGUCUUUGAACAUGAGAACCCAUCCCUCAAGACCCUGCCGCUGGCUGUCCAGCAGAAGCAAAUCAUAGUCACCUGUAAUUACGAGGCGCGACGGCGUGGGCUCCACAAGCUGCAACUCAUCACGGAAGCCAGAAGGCUAUGCCCCGACGUCGUCGUUGUGUUGGGAGAAGAUCUCACGAGGUUUAGAAAUGCGUCCAAGCAGUUGUAUGCCUACUUGAGAUCCUUCUCCUGGAACUCACGCUGUGAGCGUCUAGGCUUGGACGAGGUCUUCAUGGACGUCUCAGACAUGAUCGACUACAAUCUCGCCUUACUGGCCUCUGCUACCCAAAACUCUUUCUUCCUGCUGUCCAAAGAGGAUCCCACUGUUGGCUUCGAGUUGGAUGCCACCCGUGUAGUCGGUCACGUCUACCCAGAAACAGUGCAUCGUAGUACCUCAGACGUUCCGUCGUCGUCGUCGGACCCUCUACACAUCCGGCUGCUUCUGGCAAGCCAUCUUGCUCAACACCUACGCACAAGGCUGGAGGAGGAGACCGGAUAUACUGCCACAGCCGGUAUUGCUACCAACAAGCUUCUCUCCAAGCUUGUUGGAAACCAGCACAAACCCAAUGCUCAAACGACUCUCCUUCCGCCCUACCUGGGCACAGACGAAACGGGCCAUGAUAAUGUGACCGCAUUCAUGGACGAAUUGGAAAUUGGAAAAAUUCCUGGUAUUGGCUUUAAAAUCGCGCAACAGUUGCGUUCAAAGAUAGUGGGAAGAAAGGCCAAGUUUGAGGAUGGUCUCGUAUACGGUGACACCAAGGAAAAUGUACUUGUACGCCAUGUCAGAACCCACCCUGGCAUGAGUCCAGAUGUACUCGAAAGAGCGUUAGGAGGCCCUGGUGCGCCACAGGGUAUAGGGGCCAGAGUGUGGGGGCUUCUCCACGGAUCAGACGAAAGUGAAGUCCCGUCGCUAGUGGGUAAAGCUCGAGAUAUACCCAAGCAGAUUAGCAUCGAGGAUAGCUACAUACGCCUUGACACUCUCGACAAAGUGAUCAAUGAGCUGACAAAGCUGGCGAGGAGCCUUUUGAGAAGAAUGCACACAGAUCUCUUAGAGGACGGCGAUGAAAUCGCAGUGGAUGCUACAGCCUCCUCGAACUCAGUGACUCCUUCGAAGCGAUGGCUGGCACAACCAAGAACCAUAAGGCUUUCAACACGACUACGACCAACACAAAACCAAGACGGCAGCCGGAACCGCUCGUUUGCUCGGACAUCUCGAUCUGCGCCCAUGCCGAGAUUUGCUCUAAGCUUGGAGGAAAGCGUGGACAGACUGGCGGAGAAGCUGGUUGGCGAAACCCUGUUGCCCUUGUUCCGCAAGCUCCAUGCUGAAAAGCAGGGAUGGAAUCUCAGUCUAGUCAACGUUGCUGCGACAAACAUGGCAGAUGGAGCAAGCGAGACAGGUGGUGUUGGGCGAGAUAUUGGCAAGAUGUUUAAGCGGCAAGACCAUGUACUCAAGCAGGGCAAGGUGCAGGGGGAAGAGAGUGCCUCGACAAGCGCACGUGAGUGUGAGCUAGGAGAUGGCUGGGACGAGCAGCAGCAGUGUGUGGCAGAACCGCCCCAGAGGAGCAGCAGCCUUGGGGGUGUCGGUUCUGAAGACCUGGCGACAUGUUCUCAAGAAGAGUACUUCGGACCCUCGGACGCCCAGGCUUCCGAGGAGGAUGGCGUGGCCGCCACCGAUACAUGUUGCUGUGACCGGUGCGGUGCUAUGAUGCCCGUCUUUGCCAUGGGCCCUCAUGCUCGAUGGCAUGAGCAGAUGGACACGCAGAACUAG